AUUUAUCUCUCCACCGUAGAAAAUGUUGGUGUUUACGAUCCAGACCUUUUCGAGGGAGACAUGAUUCUCACAACCGAGCAGCGUAUGGCAGCCGAGAAGGGACUGGAUGUAGACAAUCUUUCUGGUAGAGCUUCGAUCAAAAGCAAACUGUGGCCCAAUGGUGUCAUGUAUUAUGAGAUCGACUCCAGUCUCUGUAAGUAUUUGGAUCUCGAUUUGUUUUUAAAAUUUGAAAAAUAAAAGAAAAAAAAAAUCUAUACACUAAAACAGUGGAGAGCGUCUAAGGUGCGUUCUGAUUGGCUACUCAAUCUCAAAAUAUCAUUUUAUUGCUGUUCACUCCCGAGCAACUCGUGCGGGAUUUGCGCGCAAAAUAUUAAAUAAUCGUUGCAAGAAUUAUUGAGUAAAUUUAUCAUUUUUAUGCUAUAUUAUCCUACUGUUAGUUUAUGCCAAAAUGACUGUUCACCUCGGUGUAGGUGAUUAGUGGUGGAUAGUUACCUCGCUGCUUUUUGCCACAGCUCGGUAAACAUUCACCACUGACCUGUUUCACUUCAGUAAAUAGUCGUCAAAUAUUGCCAUUGCACAAGAAGCGAAUCAUACUUUGCGGCGAGGGAGUGGAGGGGGAGGGUAACAUGCAUUUACGUAGAUGGAGCACCUAAGAACAAUUCUUGUUCAGGGCACGAUUUAAAGCUAAAAAAAGGUUGUUAUAUUUGGAGGCACGAAAUGGCGUCUUCCUUUACUUUCCUGGGAUCUAAUUCAUUAAUCAAAUGAAUUUACCCUUGAAUUAAAUGGUAGCCUUGCGACAGAGACUGGUUUGGUAUAGUUGAAAAGAAAAAAGCACCACUAGACACCUCCCCUUAGGAAAAACAUACCGGCCCCACUUUUCGAAUGUUCGCAGUUUUCAUUUCUUCCAACGUGUCUCACUCCCCCUUUAUUUUUUUUUAUUUUUUUUUUCUCAAAGCGGGAAAUUCUCAAGCCAUGGCAGCUAUCAGGGCAGGGAUGCAGGAAUGGACAAGCAAAACAUGUAUCCGGUUCAAGAGAGGAGCAGGAUCAUCUUAUGCGUACUUCAAAAAGGGCGGCGGGUACGGAAUUGUGUUGAUCUAUUAUCCAUUUUCGCUUAAGCUGUGACAUAUCAGACAUGAGAAGAUUCACAAACAAGGAAAAAAUAGCCUUGUCAUAGUUAAAUUAGCGCAGCAUAGGAGAAACAAAGUGGCUAUCAUACACAAACCGAUUCACUGCAACGUCCUCACGUUGGUUUUGUCAGGGGACCGCGCACGGGAUCGCCUUGUGAUUUAUUUAUACUAUAUAAGGGUAGCUUUAGACUCGGCGUCGCAAGAAAACUAGUUGUGAAAGUUUUAGUUUGUACGAAAUUUAUGUACAAAGUUUACUUGAAACGCCUUAGUCUAAUGAAGGUUUUGUGAAUUGUUUCUUUGAUCAAUUUUUCAGAUGCUCAUCAUACGUGGGAAAAAAUGGUGGUCGUCAGGAUAUAACUCUGGCCAGCGGGUGCUGGACAAGAGGAAUUGUUGCUCAUGAGAUUGGUUGGUGUAAUAACGUUUUGAUAUCAAGCAUAAUGAAAGCAAAAUGUUAUUUAUUAUUUUGAUCAAACUCAAUACUCAUUGUGCUAUUUAUCAACGGACUUUAUGGUACGUGCGUUAUGAUUGGUCGCCAAUCACUGUUUGACCCGCUAAAUUCAAAAGGUUGUUUGAAUUAAAAUCUUCUACUCUGUUCAAAUAUAGAGAAUUAAUAAAAAUCUUUCCAACCUCGUUUUCUCGAUUCGCAUUGUAAGCUACGGAAACCCGUUUUACCCUUCUCAGAUUGACGGCCCACCUGAUUCGCUGACGGCCCUUAGGCCAUAAUUCCGAACGAUAAAAGCUCGGUCUGUAAAUACAGUACGCGGACCUCGAACUCAGUUUGUAGAAGCUAUUUAGAAUGGCUGAUCUAUUAGAGAAAUUAAGGAUAAUGUUUGUCCCCAACCAUCAUCACUCAACAUUCUUUUUUAUGAAACUCAGUCGGCUCGACAUCAUGUUACUGCGCACAUUAACGUUUAUCUCUCCUUAUAAGCUAUGCACCUAGUUCAGGGAAUGAGAUUCUAAAUUAACAGUAAUUCAUUCUGAAGCGCAGCAUCACCUAAGAGGGCUCUAAGAGUUCAAAGAAUGCAGCUGGCUAUGCAGCUAGCGAAAAUUAGCACAGAUUCUUAGGAUUCGACCUUUUUCCUGUCUUGCAGGUCACGCUUUGGGAUUUUUCCACGAACAAUCUCGCCCUGACAGGGAUAACUACGUCACAAUAAUGUGGGACAACAUCAUUGAAGGUUAGUAACACAUAAAUUAAUUCAACAUAACUUAAAAACCUCAAUAAUGAUAACAAUGAUGAUGAAGAUGACGAUGAUGACAUCAUAUCAUUACAAUGAUAAUAAUGUUGAAGUGAUAAUAAUUAUGUGUCGAUCAAUUCAAGGCUUCAGUAUCUCCCUCCACCCUCUCUUCCACCCCGCCUGCGCAAAAUAAGGAGCCCAAUACUGGCUAAAUUCUUCGAAUUAAUCAAUGUUUAAUGAUAAUGAUGAUGAUCGCACUAAAACAACUCAAUGCUCUCUUCUUGCUUAACUUAAUAUUUCUUUUUAUAGUUAUUCAUUUCUGUCAGUUGUUUUCUUAUAAUUCCAUGCAUGUCUUGUAGCGAACAAGUUUAAUUUUCAAAAGUAUGGCCGUGGAACCAUCGAUUCCUUGGGUACUGCCUAUGACUAUGGGAGCGUGAUGCAUUACCAGAGCACAGCCUUCACAAAGAACGGAAAACCUACAAUCGUGUCCAAGAGGCCAGGGGUAUGUAUAGCAGUGAUUUGCUAAAAGGCUUUUUUGAAAUAUCACUUACUUGAGCAAAUAAGUGAAACAGGCAUUCAGAUAUCACGAUGUUUACAUACAGACCUGAGAAUUGUCCAGAUCGCCAACGGUCUACGUUGCUCAGGGAGUGCGUGGGCAUCUCUCCGGCUAAUGGAUCUGGCUAUGGAUUGACUCCCCGCAGAAAGUAAUUUUUUUCUCUUUCACUCCACUGUGAGGAAUGUCAAACUUCUUACUCAAACGCCAGUGUGUUCUUUGUACCGCAACUUCUGAGACGUAGCGUAUUGUUAUAUUUUCAGAUCACACUUGGUCAGCGUCGGGGAUUGAGCUCGAUAGACGCAAGGCAAAUGGACCUCCUCUACAAGAAGGAGUGUCAAGGAGGCGGAGGUGGGGGAGGAGGAGGUGGAGGCGGAGGUGGGGGAGGA